AUCUCCAUCACUCCAUAGCCCCGCUCUCAUAACCAAGUUUUGCUUUGGGAAUGUGGGUAGCUUGAGAAGGCAGCCAAAAUGACGUUGUUUUGGGUCUUUGGGUUUGCAUUUUCAACGAAACGGCGUCAUUUCGAUCUUUUCUCUAACACCACGCGCAUUUUAAUGGAGAGUCAUGUUGUCGUUGAAGUGGCGACAGUGACGAUAAAGAGAUCAAUCUUCUGCUGCAAAUUUAUGGAAUGUUUAGUGGGCUUCGCUCCAGGUGGGACCGCUGCAGCUCCGGUGCGCCCCUCACUGAUCUGCGCCUCGAAAACAAGGAAAAAUGGGUUUUUGUUGAGAGCAAAACUCAACGGCGAAGAUGACCCAUUGGUCCAGGCCGCCAUUAACGCCGCGACUGUUCGUUUUCAAGAGACCAAUCAACCAGAGCCUCUGUUUCUUGAUCCAUAUGCUGGUUGCUUUGUUCCACCUGAUAUUGAGAUGGAUUUGGAGCAUUAUCCAUACAACUACUGCCUUGCUACUCGGUUCAUUGAUGACAAGUUGCUUAGCACAAUGAAUCAUAUUGAUGGGCUUAAGCAGGUUGUUUUGUUAACAGAUGGCAUGGACACUAGACCAUAUAGGCUUUCUUGGCCAACUUCAACCAUAAUAUUUGACAUAUCACCUGAAAGAGUAUUCAGAAUAGCAGCUGAAAAGCUUGAAGCUGUAGGGGCUAAGAUUCCAAGGAGCUGCUUGCUGCUUCAUGUUCCAUUGGAGUCGUCUAACAUAGAAUGGAUUUUACGUAGCCAAGGCUUUAAUGGCAACCGGCCAAGUAUAUGGGCCUUGCAGGGACUGCCUGUGAUGACUUUGGCAAGUUUUGAGGAGAUUUUGUUAAUUGUUCGUAGUUUAGCCAUGAAGGGAUGUCUUUUACUCGGAGAAUUGCCUGCCUGGUUAUCAGGAACUGAAGCUGGGUUCAGUGCAAAGACAUGGAUGGACAAGCUUUUCAUGAGCAAUGGUUUUCGAGUGGACGUGACUAGAUACAAUGAAGUUGCAAGGAGUUUACGCAAGCAAUCAGCAUCGAGCAACCACAAGAACAUUCUCUUUAUUGCGGAACAUUUGCGAUUUUCUGAUGAUCAGAUGGAAACUUGGAGGAUGGAAUUGCAAAGGGUAGAGGAUGAAGGGGAUGAAGAAGGGUUUGAGGAGCUCUAAAUGUAGAGAGAGAGAGAGAGAGAGAGAGAGAGAGAGAGAGAGAGAGAGAGAGAGGAGUCCAUGAGGAGAUUUCUUUUUGGUUUUUACCUGUUUCUAAGUGACAACAUGGUUUAUUUGUUAAUAAAGCAUUUGGAUUUCCUGGGCUA